ACACGACACUGAGGGGUAGAAAUGUGGGUGGAAGUGUUGUCAAACCUCAACACAAAUUAAUGUCUUUCGCAAUUCAAGCGAGAGUCACUCUAAUUCAACCCUAGACACCGGAGGCCACCCCCAUCUCGUGAUACCACCCCGGAGCCCCAGACGCGUUGAGAGGCUUCUGUACGUUCGCCGCAGAUCAGUGGAUCUGCUGGGGAAGGAGGAUGAACGACCUCAACAACCACAAAUGUGGUUCUUCUCAUUACAAGCCUCGUGGACGGAGAGGAAUCAUACGCUGCAUCUAUGUAGUGGGCUUCAUGGAUCUGUUUGGGGUGAGCAUGAUCAUCCCGCUGCUAAGUCAUCAUGUGAAAGCCCUUGGAGCCAGUCCUACUGUCGCUGGUAUUGUAGGUGCGACGUAUGGCGUCUUACAGCUCUUCUCAAGCACCAUCGUCGGCAGCUGGAGCGACGUGGUGGGCCGACAGUAUUCUCUGCUCACCUGUCUGCUGCUGAGUGCUUUUGGCUACUGCUUGCUUGGACUGUCAACUACCAUCACUCUGUUCGUGCUGUCACGAAUUCCUGUUGGGCUUUUCAAGCACUCGCUCUCCAUCUGCAGAGCGCUGCUGUCUGACCUGGUGUCUGAGGCAGAGCGCCCCCUCGUCAUGGGACAUUUUAAUGCAGCCUCCAGUGUGGGCUUCAUUUUGGGUCCGGUGGUGGGUGGCUACCUCACGGAGCACGAGGGCGGCUUCUACACCUCUGCCUUUGCGUGUGCGGCCAUAUUUCUGGUGAACGCAGCGCUGGUGUCCAUGCUGCCCUGGAAAGAGGUGCUGCUUCACUGUUCCGACUCUAAUGGAAGUUCAAGCUACAGGCUAAAGCCAGUGAGCAACGGUUCGCACAUGAGCAGCCACCAUUCGUCUGCAGACUCUGCCUCAGGCUCCCGGGCCCAGCAGAAGCUGGGAGGGGGUCUGGUAUCUAAAGCAGCUUCGCUGUUGCAGCCAGCAUGGAAGCAGCUUUCCUCAGUGGGAUCCAAGAUCCAAAAGGUGGCCUACUCGGACAUGUGGGACCUGUUUCUGGUCCGUCUGUUGAUGGCGGUCGCCAUCAUGCUUUAUUACAGCAACUUCUCUCUGGCUCUGGAGGAGCGCUUCUCACUCAAGCCCAAGGUGACCGGCUACCUCAUCAGCUACAGCAGCACGCUAGGAGCUCUGGCCGGCUUCCUGGUGGGUCCGGUCACUAAACUGUACAGGAACGAGAUGUCCACGCUGCUGCUCCACUCCUCCGUCCUCACCUGCUCGCUCAUCUUCCUGUACGCCACGGCGGCGAGCGUGUGGCAGGUCCUGCUCUCCUCCACCUUCUUUGCCAUUUCCACCACCAUAGGCAGGACUUGCGUGACUGAUCUGGAGCUCCAGCGAGGCGGCGUCCAAGCCAGCGGGACCCUGAUCGGAGCGGGACAGUCGGUCAAUUCAGUGGGCAGAGUCCUGGCCCCGCUGCUGUCGGGCCUGGCCCAGGAGUUCAGCCCGUGCGGGCCCCCGAGUCUCGGUGUGGUCCUGGCCGUAGCUGCUGUCUGUUUACUGCUGGUCCGGAUCCCCAAAUGGAAAUCCAAAUGAAAAUACUGGAUGAAACUGGAUCUAAUCUUGAAAGAUUUAUUCAGCCAAAAAUUCUCUGGAUGUAACAACAUCACAGGCUCAGAAUCAGCUUGUGAGCACCAGCUAGGUUCUUGUCGUCUCAGGGAGUGGAUCUGGGUCUGGGGGGGAGACACAUUCUGUCACACUGUGAGGGGUUUUUAGUAGCUGAAGACACUAUUGUAACUCUUCUUGGUACAAAAUUCUGUGUAUCGACUCAUACAACUGAAAGGUUACCGUUGGCUUGAAGUGUUCAAAAUCAUAUUUGGGUCUAGUCGCCAUGCAAUUUUUCUGCUCACUGAAAAGCCAUUUCAUUGUGCCAAGUCUCUUAGCAGUUAGCAAAGCAACCUAGCUACUGUGUCUGCUUUCUUUUGUUUGUUUUUGACUGUUACAGUGGAAGUAUUGAGUCUACGACACCCUCAGUUACCAUGACCCCGUGUAUGUGUUUGGACUCUGGGAGGAAACCAGAGUGAAAACACACUGGCUAGAAGCAAACCAGCAACCUUCUCGCUGGUUCACUAACCACCGUGUGGCCUUCUGAAUUCUGUUAACAAUAAUUUCGUGAGGAUGGAAAACUACUGUGGCCUUUUUUCAACUGGUGUGGGAGGCAUAACGGUCUCUACCAGAUCUAGCGGGGCAAAAGGAAAAUACAAAUGUUCCUUGUGUUUUCUAAAUCAGCAGUUUAAAUUUGAUUGAAACUGUGGUCUCUGGUUACGAUCAUGACACGAUGGAAGCGAGUUUGACACGCCUGACCUGGAGCUCACAGAGCACUGACACUUCUCAGAUUUGACAAACUGAAUUAGCUUGUUGCUAAACUCUACUUUUCCUUUGAGACCAGAGGAAACAACUGACGCAGUGAGGACGCAGCUCUGACCCCAAACACACUGGUGCACUUUGACUUAUUUAUACUCAUCAUUAACAUUUUUCAUGAAUGGAUCUGUGGUGUUCUGAUUCUUCCCAGCUGUGUUUCUGUAAACAUGACAAAUUAUGAUUGUAUUGUGAUGAUUGUUAUUUGAGUGUGAGUUUUUUUGGGGGACAAUUUAAUAAUAAACUGUUUUGUAUUAGUCC